AAAGUUGGUGCCUGCAGUGCAGGCAGCUAACAGGUGGGGCUGCUCUAGGCAGCCCUGAAAAUAGUUUUUUUUAAGACUUCAAGGGCCGCAGCAUUUUUAUGUCAGCCUGACAUUCUAUGCUGCGGCUCCUUCACCUCCCCAGCAGCGCUGCAUACUUCUGCGGCCUGGUUCCCAUGUACUUGCGGCGGAGGCGCACCGGACUUCAGGCACACACCGUACAGACCAUAAAAAAAGGUACUGUACUUGCCAAAAAAGUUCCUGUUUUGUGUUCACCAAGUCCGAUGUCCAGACUCAAGGGGGAUGAAGAAGACUACUGGCUGGGGUCCAAGUGCAAGGCUUACACGUUUGAUGACGAUGAUGAGGAUGGUUUGUCUCAGCUGAAGGAAUCAAAGCGGGCAGUGAACAGCCUGAGGGUCUAUGCAGAUGAAGAUGAUGAAGACUGGGAGAAGUUUACGUGUAACGGGGAACUUGUGGGCAGUAUAUCAUGGUCCAUUAAAGAGUCCUCAUCAAAUAGCCUGGGGCCCGAGUCAAGGGGCCCAGCUCCUAUAAAAUCACAUUCAGACACUUCCAGUUCCUCAUAUCUGUUUCCCAAGCCGGGGUCUUCACACUUACUCAGCAACUUAUUUAAAGGAAGGUCCAGGCCAGGAAGCUUCCAGUCACUCUCAGACGUUUUACUAGAUACAAACAUUAAACAUUUUGCUCCGGAGCUGCGAAAACCCAAGUCGGAAUAUCAGGAUUACAGCGGAGACUGGAACCCUGAGCAGUGUGUGCGGCGGAUGCAGAAGGGCAAGAUCUGCUCACUGGAGAGGUUCCGCUCGCUAAAGGAUAAACUGCAGCUAUUGGAUGAAGCCGUCGGACUCCAUGAUGGCAAUGUGAUCACAGCGGUGUUAAUAUUCCUGAUGAAGACUUUGCAUACAGAGAUCCUGUUCCGAGAGCUAAAACACAGACAAGUUGCUUUAAGACAUUUUAUUAAUUUCCUGAAAGAGACGAUGGAACAGCAGCUGCUAAUGGACCUGCUCAGGUUUCUGGAGUGGAGUGAGGAGCUAGCUCUAUGUAAAUACAGAGAACACCUCAAUAUUCCGGGCGCAGAGGAGCGGAGAGACUUCCUGAAGAAUAAGUGUUUCAGCCUUCCUUUCUCCCCAGAAGACGCUUCGCUUGUACAGGAUCACUACACAUUGCUGGAGAGACAGAUUAUCAUUGAGGCCAGUGAUAAGCGCUUGGAGGCUUCUGGACAGGAACAGUUCCGCAAACACCCUCGGAAAGCGUCCCUUCUCUUCAUGCCGCUUGUCACCACUCUGUUCUACGCCUGUAUUUACCACUAUACAGAGGGCGAGGGCACAUUCAGCAGCCCGGCCAACCUCCGCAAAACCUUCAAGAUCCCAGAGAAGCUCUACAUACUCACAGCACUGGCGGCGCGCGCGAAGCUCCGAGCAUGGAAUGAUGUGGACGCCCUUUUUACCACCAAGAACUGGCUGGGGUACACCAAGAAGAGGGCACCCGUCGGUUUCCAUCGUGUGGUGGAGAUCCUGCACAAGAACGGAGCCCCCACACAGAUCCUACAGGAUUACAUCCGGCUGGUGGAAGAUGCAGAAAGCAGAAUAUCCCUGGGGAUAAAGUACAAGUGUCACGACGUGGUGGUAGAUACAUACAGAGACCUGAAGGACCGCCAGCAGCUGAUGGUUUAUCGCUGUAAAGUGGAUCGGGGGUCCCCAGAGGAGGAGAAGAUAGAUGCCAUUCUCAGCAACACACAGAUCCGCUGGAAGAACUGAAUGUGACGAGGGAAGAGGAAACUGAAUGUGACGAGGGAAGAGGACCUCCGACCACACAUGACUGCUAAUAAACCUUUCUUUAAAUAAACACCGUCUGCUUUAUAUAA